UGGUGCGUUGUCUGGUCGUAGCCAACAUGCGGUGCAUUCAACGUGGAUACGGGGACUGAAUUUAACACUUGUAGGCCUACAUGUCCAUGACCAGCACAUCGACCCUACAUCUCCCAGCUGUGCGUGUUUCUUCCCCAGUAACAACAUCCCACCGCGGGCGGACGGGCCCGUUCGAGGCGGGGGUCCCAAGGGAGGGAGCUCACUGUACACCAGCACCCGGACCUCCACCAGCCAACCGCCCCCCCGGUCUCCUGACGGCCGCUCCGGCCCUUCGCCUCCCAUCAGUCCGGACUCACACUGGGCUUCUCACACGCCCGAUGACAUGAUGUCACUUCCCCUUCCCCCCUCCCGCCUGGUCUCCUCGGUCCUCCCUCUGCUCCUCCUCUUCCUCCCGCCCUCCUUCCUCUCGCCCGCCCUCUCCCACGCCCCGCUGAGCUGGACCUCGCCGCAGGACCCCUGCUACCACCAUGACGGGCGUCCGCGCCACUGCCUGUCCGAGUUCAUCAACGCCGCGUACGGCGUGCCCGUCACCGCCGGCAACUCCCUGCGCCACCCCGAGCCCGGGGCCGGCGUCACCAGCGCCCUGACGGACCUCCACAACCCCCACAACCUCAGCUGCUGGAGGUCCCAGGCCGGCGGGGGCGGGGGGGGCCUGGAGGGCGGGGACUGGGUCGUCACCCUCCCCCUGGGCCGGCGCUUCGAGGUCACCUACGUCAGCCUGCAGUUCUGCCACCAGGGGGCGCCCCCGGAGCCCUUCUCCAUCUCGGUGCUCAAGUCCAUGGACCACGGGCAGACGUGGCGGCCCAUGCAGCACUACUCCAGCGACUGUCCCGGGACCUUCGGCCUGCCGGCCCGCACGGUGGCCCAGACGCGGCACCGCGAGACGGAGCCCCUGUGCUCGGACCCCCGGCCCCUGCCCAAGCACCGCGGGGGCACGGUGCUGGCCUUCUCCACCCUGGACGGGCGGCCGUCCUCCGUGGACUUUGACCACAGCCCCACCCUCCAGGACUGGGUCACGGCCACCGACGUCCGGGUGGUGUUCCACCAGGCGUCCAGCGCGGGACGCCCCGUCAGGCCCGGGGGGAGGGGAGGGACGGGGGAGGGGGCCGGUCCGGGGGUGGGGGACGGAGAGGACGAGGAGGAGGAGAGUGGGGGGCCCGGCUGGAGGGCAGGCUCCCAGGGAGCCGCCGGAGAUCAGGUGGACCAGGGGCCGGCGUCGGACAACGGUCUGACGUAUCUGGAGAGGGAGCUGCAGAACACCGGGACGGGGGCCCGGAGGGACAAGGGGGAGAAGCCCCCCAGGAAGGGCCACCGCAAGGGCCCGGGGGGCCCGGGGGGGAGGAGCUCAACGUCACGGGCGAGGGGGGCGGGGACGUCUUCGGCCGGGACGAGGCCCCGCCCCCGAAGACGAGGGCGGGGAAGGGCCGGAAACGGGGCCGCAAGAAGGACCAACCGCAGGGGCCCCCGUGUCCGGGCGCGGGGUGUCGCUGGAGGGUGGAGCAGGGCCAGGGCGGCCGAGACCACCAGGGGGGGGCGGGAGCUGAGGCGGCGGAGGAACCAUCAUCACGCGGGGAGGGGCUACGGGAAUAUGCAGCUGGCCCCUCCCCUGCCGCGGGUCUUGGCCCCGCCCCCAGCGCCCCCUCUGGCGCUCUCCGACCUGCAGGUGGGAGGCCGGUGCAAGUGCAACGGCCACGCCUCCAAGUGUCGCCGCGACGACCACGGGCGGGCGGUGUGCGUGUGCGAGCAUCACACGACGGGGCCGGACUGCGACGUGUGCGAGGACUUUUAUUUUGAUAAGCCCUGGCACCGGGCCACGCCCACGCAGCCCAACCCCUGCCACGCACGCACACACACACACACACACACACAGUGUGCAAGAACCUGCCAUCACCGUAGGAGACAAAGACAAUCUGUUUGCAAGGACGAGCCCCAAAGAUAUUGUUUAUACACCCCUCACCUGUCUGUCUGUCUGUCGGCCUGGUCUCUGUCUGACGGUCUGUCUGGCCUCUGCCUGUCUGUGUUUACGUUUACAGGAAUUCAAGAGGUCGCCCCUACCCCGGUGUUCCAGCCGCAGUACAGCAUAGCGGAGGAGUGUGUUUCUUACUGCCAACCGGCUCAGCUUGAAGUGAGGAUGAACUUGGACACCUACUGUCUCAAGGAUUACGUGUUGAAGAUCCAGGUGAAGGCCAUGGAGCGCUCGGGCCCCUGGUGGCAGUUCUCCAUCGCCGUGCAGACCGUGUUCCGCACGGGGUCCACGCCCCGCGUCCGCAGGGGCCCCCGGGCGCUGUGGGUCCCCGACCGCGACCUGGGCUGCGGCUGCCCCGCCCUCCACGUGGGCCGCACCUUCCUGCUCAUCGGCUCCGAGGAGGGGGGCCGCGACUGGGCCCCCGGGGAGAGCCGCCUAGUGGCCGACCGCUCCACCACCGCCCUCCAGUGGCGGGACCACUGGAGCCCCAAGCUCAGGGGCUUCCGGGGGCAGGACAAGAGGGGCCGUUGCCCCCCGAAAGCCCCCCCCCACCACCGCCACCACCAACGGCCACACCGCCGCCCCGUUGAGCCGCAGAGGGGCUACAUCCCGCCGCAUCUAGUGACGGGGGGCGACGGCGGCGGAACACACGGACCACACGCGCGCUCGGAGGAACCGGCCCCCGAGAGCGUGGAGAGCGUGGAGAACGUGGGGGGGACGGGCGCGAGCGCUAACGUCCGCGACGACACGCCGACCUCGCCGACACCCGAGAGCCCUGAGCUGUGGACGUUCGCUGUUUCGGCCCCCGCUAAUCCGUCCCCCGCUGAUUUGGUCCCCACGAAUCCCGUCCUCCUCACAAAUCCGGUCCCCACAACUGGGGUCCCCACAAGUUGGGUACCCACUUUGCUGUGUUCCAGCCGACCUCCCGCUGUGUGACAGGAGACACACACACAGUCCCCCACACAGGUACCAUGUGGAUAUCAGAUGUGAGAAUCACGUAAAGACACACGGUGAAAGACAUUAAUAGAGGAUAGUAAGUUAUUUGUUUGUUUGGUGUUCGUCCGCAAGAAAGGACGAUGAAUCACAGCAUUUAUUUUGAGUGGCUGUUUAUUAUUUUUGGGGGGACUAUAGCCGAAUGUAUUGUGAUGUAUCCACACACACAUAGAGCCACGCACACACGCACACGCACAUGCACACGCACACCACACACUUACAAGCCUUGGCAGGGAACUCAGAAUGUGAAAAAGUUUCUCUUCGGUAAUGUCAAGGGCUCUUUUUAGAGUUGGUCAUUUCAUAAGUACUAUAUUUGACAGUUGACAGGAAAUUAAAAUUAAAAUGCCAAUUAGUUGAAUUCAGGUCAAGACAAAAGUGCCAAAGAGUAUGUCUUAUUGACAUGUAUUAUAUUUAACACUGAUUUAUUGAUGAUUAAGUUUUGGAAAUAGAGCGUCAAUAAAUGUAUCAAUAGAACUUUCAAAUACAUUUAAUAUAUAAUCAAACACCUAACAGUUUAGCCAAAGAAAGCCAGAAAUAGAACCGACUUUUCUACCUCACAUUUGCAAUGGUGUUUGACUAAAGAUGAGCUGACGCAGAUUAUUGAUCCAAAUAACUUUCAAGGUAAAAUUCUAAUAGUUCAAAAUUAUGUUUUUUAAUAUAAUGCUACAAACAAAAUCUAUACACUGAUCUUUUCUUCUUCUUCUUCUUCUUCUUCUUCUUCUUCUUCUUCUUCUUCUUCUUAUUCUUAUUAUUAUAAAAAUAUAAAAAUAUAUUAUAUUAUAACAAAAUAUAAAUUAUUUAAUUAUUUUAAUUUCAUUAAAUCCACGUUCUUACUAAAUCUUGGGUGUCUUGGACAUGUAGAGGAAAAUAAUUUUGAAUUUUCUUUCUUUCUUUCAAGCAAGCAAGUAUUAGAGGGUUCACAUCUAGUAAGAAUGUCACAGACUAAUAGAUUAAUAGAAGGUUAAAGUGGAACACAUGAGUGAUUUGUGUCACUCUGCUGUACCCCAGGCCCGUCAAGCCUCCAACAGCUGCAGUGUAUUCACGGGUGUUUGGCGAAACGCGUUUCACAGCAAAGAGAUAUGGCCAGGAAUGUCCAACACCUUGUGCACUGUAAAGUUCACGUGAAUAAAAUCGAAAAAAGCAUUGACUUACAAAGAAGCCACUUUUUUCCUGCCACCUUGUGUCACCUAUAUUAUUUUGCCCAUUAUGUGUGUAUAUAGAGUUGCAAAGUUUGGGGUCAUUUUCACAACUUUUUAUUUUUAUUUUAGUACAAAACAAGCCUGACAAAAAACGAUAGUUUUACCCCUUAUGUUUCAUUUGACAAAUCAACAGUGUUACCCCUUAUGUUUUUUUUCAUGACGACAGUGUUACCCCUUAUGUUUUUUAUCAUUUUCACAACUUUUUAUUUUUAUUUUAGUACAAAACAAGUCUAGCAAAGGGAAUUAAAAUGACAGUGGAAAAUAAACCAGAUGGGAUUCGAGAUCUGGAAGCGUACUUUGGCAAAAACAAUAAAUGUCCGCUUUUAUCACA